AUUCAUUAUUCAAGAUUCAACCAUGUCAACCACCUCUACCAGCGACAGCGCUGCCACCGGCUCGACGCCUGAAGAUGUACUCCGUCCAUCAACCGCAGUUGAUCCCGGCGAUAUGAGCGAGCCUUCUGGCUCUGACGUCACUCAGUCGCUGGCCUUCUCGUCCGGAAACCCUGGAAUCCUAGAAACCAGGGGGGUUAUGAUUCUUUAUCGUGAUGAUAUAUUUUCCUCAACUUCUCAACUUCCGGUCGACAGGAAACCAUAUCUUUGCGUGCUAGCAGUACCGAAUCACUUGAAACCACAGAACUUCUGCCAGUUCUGCGAUUCGUUCAUUCAGCACAUAUUGGAGAUGCGACUCGUCAGGAAUGAUGGAAUGGGGGACCAGUAUAGUGUUCUUAUAAGGCUUGAUAAUCAGAAUUCUGCUGAUGAUUUUUACAAGCAUUUCAACGGAAGGCGUUUCUCGUCUCAGGAGGAAGAAGUUUGUCGUGUCCUUUUUAUAGUAGAUGUACAGUACGCUGCAUUGAUCGAACAUGCACAGUUCUCGUCUGCAAGCUCAAUGGAGGAGCCCUAUUGUCCCGUAUGCCUUGAGAGGUUAGACCAAGACAUGAGUGGAAUCCUCACAACUAUCUGCAAUCAUUCUUUCCAUUGUUCUUGUAUUUCAAAAUGGACAGACUCUUCUUGUCCGGUCUGCCGAUAUUGCCAGCAACAGCCUGAGAAGUCAAAUUGUUCUGUUUGUGGAACUUCUGAGAACCUUUGGAUUUGUGUUAUCUGUGGUUUUGUUGGGUGUGGGAGGUAUAAAGAAGGUCAUGCCAUUCGGCAUUGGAAAGAAACACAACACCGCUAUUCUGUUGGAUUGGAAACCCAGUAUUUUUGGGACAAUGAUGGAGACAAUUAAGGACCAAAAAACGGGAGCAAACGGCUGUAAAUUCGGUGAGUGAAAAAAUGAGGAACCUGGAGGAACAGAUUAGAAGUGCGAACUUGAUUAUUGAAGAAAUGAAGACAAGGGAGAAAAGUCUAGGACAGUCUUGUUUAGUACCGCCAAUGGAAUCAAUCGUCAAGAAAUAGUGGGAAGCAUGCAAACAAGGAUUAGUAACAGAAGAAGAAUCUAUUAGUGCAUGGUUGAUUCAUCAUAGAAGCCAUCUGCUGAUUGUGGAGUAAAUAUGUUUCUGUGUAAGUAGCUUGUUUUCUGAAAGUCUAACCUCAUUACAUGAUUGAUAAAGAGUCAAUCAAAUAGUGUGAUUUGGACCACGCCCCGAGAUUGAACUGAUAAAAUAAGUUCUGUUCAUCCAAUCAAAUAGUGUGUAAUCGAACAAUAAGUUCUGUUUUUUUUUAUUUUUUUUGCAAGUAGUAAGUAGACUAGAAUUAUGAGACUGGAUAUCCUAUUUGAGUCUUAAAAUGUUUAAAUUGGUGGUA